GUUUAAUUAUAGAACGUAACCCCAAAAUGAUAAUCUAUAAAGGUAAUUAAAACACAUCUUAUAAGCUAAAAGAUUUUUACUCACAAGUUAAUUUUCUCAGUGGGUUUUGGUCAAGAAAGUCAGAUUUACGAGAAAGCGCAGAAAAUGAAGGGACUCCUGCUGCUGUUAUCAAUAGCUGUGGGAGCUGUGUCCGGCUGCCAAUAUUCCGACUGGACCCUCAGUUUUGAUAGCGCGGGUCUAUCGCGAUGUGACGGCUACAACCAGGUGAUCCGAGGCUUCUACAGGAGCAACCCCCAGGGCGGGCGUGACGACAUCUCCCUGCUAGAGAAGGCUAUGUGCUGCAACCCUCCCUCCCCCUGGCAGAGCUCCAGAACCCAGAUCUUCUACGCUGAUUGGUAUUAUGUUCUUGACGGCAUGAAGGUCUGGGCUACCUGCCCAACUGGCUACUUCUUAAACGGGCUGUACAGGAGUGGUGGGAAAAAUGGCGGUAUUUUUAAUAUUGAGUACGGCAGGUGCUCCAAGCCCAGCGAUCAUCCAUCCUACUAUGGACAGUGCUAUGACGAAGACAUCACCAUAUGUUUUGAUAACGAGAAUCUCUGUCAGUGUAAAGAUGGGUACUACGUCACUGGAAUCUACAAGUCGACCUGUGAACAACUUCACUGCAUCGAAACACUCCGAUGCUGUAAAAUGGCCAAUGGACGCGCUGUCUUAGACGAGCAAUUCAAGGUAAAGAAUUUAGUGAUGGACAUGACAAUGUCAGACAUUGCAAGUCUCGCCCAUAUGCUGGGGUAUGGAUGGUGUGCAAGUUGUCGGGCGCCGUUUGUCGGUGAAGAUUUCAGACGCAAGGGGGACACAUGGGUGGCUGAUACGGCCGGUCCUUGCGAUGGGUACAAGAGUAAUCAAAGGCUCGGCAUGGACUAUAAAGACUGGGGUUUCGGUAUGAAGAACAUCAAAUACGGGGAGCCUGUCAUAGAGGAGCUGACACCAGAAUCCAUCGACAGCGGCACCAUGUACAACAACGACGCCACAGACGCCAUCAAGACCAUCACCCGGGAAGAGACAAUCACCCGCACUGUCACACACACGACAACCAGCGAAUGGAAAGACAGCCACGAGCUGGGGGUCACCGUGGGCUACACACCCCCACCUAUCGGGGGAAUGAGCGGCAGCAUUUCCUACAAGUUCAACUACGAAACCUCAUCGACAACGACCGACGAAACACAAAACCAGCAGAGUCAAACCUUCUCCAUCAGCACAUCCAAGACUCUAAAGCCAUACAGCGCUGUCAAGUGGAAUCUUAUUCUGUCUAAGACAAGAACCACAGUCCCUUACACCGCGACUAUACUCACCAGAUUCAGCACGGAGCUUCAAGGUUUCCUUCGAUGGGGAGGAGGAGGCAGCAACCCAGAUACCAACUACCACUACAAGUACAAAGGCAGCGGAGAGAGACCCACUAUCAACUACAGAUUUGGAGAUUCCUCCACGCCCUUCUACACAGCCUUGAAACGAGAGAGCGACACCAACUCCCUUCCCUGGCUGUGGAACGAUAUGGCCAACGCUUAUCCAGGCGCUCGAAGUCUGAUCAAAUACCUGAGCAACGAGGACCUGUAUGUCUUCACGCUGACUGGAAAAUUUGAGGACGUGGUCGGCAAACACGUCGAGGUGCGCUGGGACGAGAUCCCUAAUCCUAGCAAGGGAGAAGAGAAAGAAGUUGCAAAGAAUGGAAGUUUUGUGGCUAGAGCAGGUCCCAACGACAAGCCAGCUAACGUAGAACCACCAGUGGUUGAACUCAAGCUGCAAGAGGUACAGCUGGAAGAUGUGAAGUAUAGCAUCAAUUCAACCAUUGUCUAACAUUGAUGGAAUGACAUCGGUUGGUUGUUCAUAAUUAAAAUUACCUAGGCAAU